CGAUCUUUUUUUUGUUGAUAAAAAGCAUUGAAUUGAAUCCCAGCUUAAUCCUUGUCAAUUGUCAAUUGUCAAUUGAAUUGCUGAUGUUGGUAAUGCUAAGUCAGUUUUUGAUUCUUUGAAUAUAUAACAAAUCCUCUCGCAACUCGCAAAUGGCGGAAGAGAUUGAAACGAUGUCGUCGUCGUCUCUCUCCGAAGACACUCCCUCGCAAUCUCAGGCUCCUGCAUUAUCCAGUUUUCCAGCUUUCUCAAAUGGUGAUUUUCAGAUGGUUCCAGUCAUGUACCCAGCACUUGUUCCGGGCUUACAAAAUCAGGACCAUAUGAAUCGUGGAGCAGGCAUUUAUGCUGUUCCUGUUUUCUCCUGUAUGGGCCCUGUUGCUGGACUUCCAUCUAACACUCUUAUUCCUCUUACCUACAAUUUCCCCACUAGACGAAGUCCUGAGGCUGGUGUUGGAGGUGAAGAGCAUGGGCAAGGAGGGCAACAGCAGCACCAACAGCAACAGCCUGCACCUCAAAGACAGGUUGUUGUAAGGAGAUUUCAAAUUGCUUUUCAGCUUGAUUUGUUGCUUAUUCUAAAGCUGGCUGCAGUAAUCUUUUUGUUCAACCAAGAUGGGUCAAGACAGAGGCUUGUUGUCCUCGUAUUUUUUGCUUCACUUGUCUACUUAUACCAAACUGGAGCUCUCACACCAAUAGUACGCUGGCUUUCACAAGGCAUGCAGAGGGCAGCUGCGCCUCCCCAUCCACCAAGACCUGCUGUCAGGGCUGAAAAUGUUGCUGCUGCAAGACAGGGAGUUGAGAAUGUUGCUGGGGCAGAAGGUCAACCUGGAGCUCAGAUUGAGAAUCAGCCUGCAAAUGAUGGAAACCGGGCUGUUGAGAAUGAAAAUGAGAAUUUAGCAGAACCUGGUGGCGUCAAUGGUGCUAAUCAUUGGUGGGGAAUUGUGAAGGAAAUUCAGAUGAUUGUCUUUGGUUUCAUUACUUCCCUUCUCCCGGGCUUUCACAACAUAGAUUAGAUCAGACUUUGUUGGAGACAACCCCUUUGAACCGAUUCAAAAGCUGGAAACAAAAUGGUUUUAAUUUUUCAAAUAAAUGUGAAGUAUUUUAUAUUGUCAUAGUUAUAACUUGAAGCAUACUGUAUGUGCAAUGAUAGCACCAUUUUGGAUAGUGUGGCUUUUAGUUAUGGGUAUCAUAUACAUGUAUUCAGGAAGUUCUUGUUUUUUCAGAGUUUAUAUUUCAUGCGGAGGAUUUUAUUUAAGCA